AUGCAGAUCACUCAGCUCUUCUCCGCCGCUGUGCUUAUGGCUUCCGCCGUCGUCGCCAACCCCACCCCGAUGCUCGAGGCCCACGGAACCGGCCUGGAGCGCCGCGUGCCCAAGACCUCCGGCGCCGCCUGCAUCAAGGCCCCUCUGAGCGCCGAGAAGGACUUCUCCUACUACACCUUCACCAUCGACGCCGGCGUCAAGGCCGCCGCCGCGCAGGCCGGUCUCACCAAGAUUGGUGUCCGUCAGCACUGCAACUCCAACGGUGGUCCCUUUGGAAUGUGGGCUCAAAACACCGAGAAUUGGGCCUACGUCCCCCUGGACAAGUUCGGCCCCGACCAGAAGUACAACGUCAAGGUCAACCGCUGCAAGAAGGACUUUGACCGCCACGUCUGGAGCUACAGCGUCUGGCUGUGCAACAACAACAACUGGUGCGGCACCACCAACUGCGGUUUGGACCGUGAGAUCUGCCCUGAGCAGAAGACCAAGGCGGUCAACCUCAACGACCCCCUCAAGUGGACUUGCUCUGCUUAA